UGUCUCUCAGUAAGUUCUCGCGGUGCUGCCGGUCGCAGCCGCUUCCCCUCCCGGCGGGUGGUGACUGUGCAGUGGCGCGGGGUGCAGAGUGGCCGCAGGGAUCCGCCGCCGCCGCCGCCGUUUGGGAGUGCCUUCACCCGUCUCCAGCCCCAUGCCCGCGCCGAGCUGAGCGCCACCGCCGAACAUGGCCACCACGACGCCCUGCACCCGCUUCACCGACGACUACCAGCUCUACGAGGAGCUCGGCAAGGGAGCCUUCUCUGUGGUUCGCAGAUGUGUAAAGAAGAGCUCAACCCAAGAAUAUGCUGCAAAAAUCAUCAACACCAAAAAGCUGUCAGCCAGAGAUCAUCAGAAACUGGAGCGAGAGGCCCGAAUCUGCCGACUCUUAAAACAUCCAAACAUUGUGCGGCUCCAUGACAGUAUUUCAGAAGAAGGUUUCCACUACCUCGUCUUUGAUCUGGUCACUGGUGGGGAACUAUUUGAAGAUAUUGUAGCCAGAGAAUACUACAGCGAAGCAGAUGCCAGCCACUGUAUUCACCAGAUACUGGAGAGUGUGAAUCACAUUCAUCAACAUGAUAUUGUGCACAGGGACUUGAAGCCUGAGAACUUGUUACUGGCAAGUAAAUGUAAGGGUGCUGCUGUCAAAUUGGCUGACUUCGGACUGGCUAUAGAAGUGCAGGGAGAACAGCAGGCCUGGUUUGGGUUUGCCGGCACUCCAGGCUACCUCUCCCCUGAGGUUUUAAGAAAAGAUCCUUAUGGGAAACCAGUGGAUAUAUGGGCAUGCGGAGUGAUUCUGUACAUAUUACUAGUGGGGUACCCUCCCUUUUGGGAUGAAGAUCAGCACAAACUCUAUCAGCAGAUCAAGGCCGGAGCCUAUGACUUCCCAUCACCUGAGUGGGACACAGUAACUCCUGAAGCAAAAAACCUGAUCAAUCAGAUGCUGACGAUAAACCCAGCAAAACGCAUCACAGCAGACCAGGCUCUCAAACACCCAUGGGUCUGCCAACGAUCCACUGUGGCCUCAAUGAUGCACAGACAAGAGACUGUGGAGUGCUUGAGAAAGUUCAAUGCCAGAAGAAAGCUGAAAGGUGCAAUCCUCACAACAAUGCUGGUGUCACGGAAUUUUUCAGUUGGCAGGCAGAGCUCCGCACCUGCUUCAGCCACCAAGAGUGCUGCCGGCCUGGCUGAGCAAGCUGCCAAAAGUCUAUUGAACAAGAAGUCAGAUGGAGUAAAGAAAAGGAAGUCGAGCUCCAGUGUGCAUUUGAUGCCACAGAGCAACAACAAAACCAGUCUAGUAACCCCAGCAAAAGAAACUCCCCCAGUGCAGACGUCCAUGGAGCCUCAAACAACUGUUGUCCACAAUGCUACAGAUGGCAUAAAGGGGUCCACAGAGAGCUGUAAUACCACCACUGAAGAUGAGGAUCUGAAAGCUCCCCCUCUCUCCACCGGGGACGGCAGCUCAGUGCUUGAAGGACGGAGGCACAGUGAGAGCAAAACACAGACUGAGACCAUGCAGUCCCAGCUUUCUCUCUGUUUCUCAGCCACCACACAGUCUUGUGAAGAGAAGCUUCUUGCCUGGGACAGCCCAGGGCAGACAUUGGAGUUAGAGCGUGCUCAGUCGGAGCCCUUGCUAACUCCAGUAGUUCCAUUUGUACUUAACAGUCCACCGUUGCGUAAACAAGAGAUCAUUAAGAUAACAGAGCAGCUAAUAGAAGCCAUCAACAAUGGAGACUUUGAGGCUUAUACGAAAAUAUGUGACCCUGGCCUGACCUCAUUUGAACCUGAAGCCCUGGGAAACCUAGUUGAGGGGAUGGACUUCCACAAGUUUUACUUUGAGAACUUAUUGUCAAAGAACAGCAAGCCAAUCCACACGACCAUCCUGAACCCUCAUGUCCAUGUCAUUGGUGAAGAUGCAGCGUGCAUUGCCUAUAUCCGCCUGACACAGUACAUCGACGGUCAGGGCCGGCCCCGCACCACGCAGUCUGAAGAGACUCGUGUCUGGCACCGUCGUGAUGGCAAGUGGCUGAACGUCCACUAUCACUGCUCUGGGGCCCCUGCAGCACCACUCCAGUGAGGAUCAAACACAGCAGCUUUUGGAGAUACUCAGCGGGAGGGCAAUAUCUUCUUAGCAAGCAGCUCUGGAGUGCCUGAGUAACAGCAACGGUCGUGUCCGUUUUGACGUU